AUGACUGAAUUACAGAUGCGCCCGGCAAUGGCGCGUAACCCCGAUGUCCGGCCGACAGUUAAUGACUUCCAGGACGAGAAUCCAUGGGUGUCUCUAGCGAAAGCUCACUGGCUGAAGCCUAGCAAAGUGCGCAAAGCGAGGCCGGAGGUGAUCAAGAAUGAGAUCUGGGAUCCUUUGCAGCGUGAUGGAUUCCCUCUGCAUUCACUUCUAAUACUCGAAAAUCUUCACAUCCUUGAGAAGUUUCUCUGGCCAACGUUUACGGAAGAUGCGUCGAACUAUCAUAUUAUGUUAAUUGCAGUCAUUGUAGGGACAAAGAGAAGGGAGCAUUUGCCUAUUUGGACCCAUUUUUUUGAUCGCCCUGCGGACUUUUCAAUCCUCUUCAGACGUAUACUCUCCAUGAGCCUCAAUGAUACACUGCCUCUGCCUUCGAAAAUACACCUCCUGUCCUUCAUCAUCGGUGCUUUUCAAUCUCUUGAAUGCAGCCAAAUUCGAAAAGAGUGUGCUCCUCUGGUUUCGAUAGCUAUCUGGGACAACCUUUUUAGCAAGGAGGCGAGGGACAAUUUACUUCAUCAGUCAGGAGCAUUGAAAAAGGCAUGGCGAUUGGCCAGUAAACGAUAUGACUCGGCAGACGAGCAAGGCAAAUCAAGGAUACGAUUUGAAAGGUCAUGGCUAUACUCUAUGCUCCUAAACUUUCUUAGGCGUAUAAACCCAGCCCAAGGAGAACGUAAUAGUGAAGAUAAUACCCGGUUUUGUGAGAGAUUCCUUGAGCUAUUGGUGGACCUUGAGAGCCAGCUCCCUACUCGACGAUAUGUGAAUGAGCUUUUAAAGGACGUUAAUAUUUUGGCCGUUCUUCGCAAGAGCAAACUCUAUAAUGAUGAUAAAAAUACUCUUUUCAGGGAUUUUUAUAUUCUCCUACGACGGUUUAUCAACUUCUCAAUUGAUGACCAAACCGGCCAGCAUCAGUCAGCGCAAGAUGCCUAUAACAUUCAUUGUCAAGAGCUGGCACGGCUUCAAAGGACUGCGCUUAAACACUUCAAAGACGACUUAACGCUAUUAGCAUUAGCAAACUACGGAUCACUUGAGCAACGGUCUGAGCUUGCAGAACAUCUUCGCAGUAUUGAUGACACGCAAUUAAAACAACUAUGCCAUCUUUUAGGAUUCAGGACCUCUUAUCCUGAGCACAUUAAUAUCAUACCUGACCGAGAACUCCUUCUAGAAAUGCUCCUCUUGCAUUUCGAAUGGCGACCAACGUUUCAAGAAGCAACAGCGGAUGUCAGCGUUCUCCCUACAGAGGAUUCAUUAUAUGACCCUGCCUUGGUUCGAAAUGAAACAUACGAUGGCUCUAGGCCUCUCGCGAUUCCAAAAUUAAACCUUCAAUAUCUUAGUCUAGGAGACUUUUUGUGGAGGUCAUUUCUUCUAUAUCGGUCUGAGUCUUUCUAUGAGAUUAAGAGCGACCUUGAAUCUGUUAUCAAACGAAUGCAACCUAAAGCAGGACAGGAUGGCAAGAUUUCAUUUGAUGGGUUCUCCAGAAUGGCUUUGCCGAUUUCAAAGCCUGCUAUAAUCGAUGUGGCCGAGGCACGAGUGGGAUCUCUUCACCCAGCUUAUGUUCGCUCGGAAAUAACUCUCGAGGUUGGUCGACUCGGUGACACUAUCCGACAAGAGUGGGAAUCACUACGACCAGACGAUGUUGUAUUUUUGCUUUCAGUAACCCACCAAAAGACAGAACAGCCUGGUUUUGUUGCCAACCCACGAUCCGAGUCUAAAGAUAGUAUUAGCAUUUCGCAUGUUCGAACUGCUACCGUGGUUCAAAUUCUGGAUGAAAAUAGGCGCCAGCUACGGGACACAUCACAAGGCAGGGCUAACGGAUAUCCCCAACGACCUCGUCUGAGAAGACUACUUGUGGAUUUAGACGCAGUGUCUUACAAAGCUGACCUCGACAAAGUAAAAAAGGGGAAACCAGAUAUAUACAGCUCCAUAAACGUGCUUGUACGCCGAAAAUCACGCGAGAACAACUUCCGACCUAUCCUGGAGACAAUGCGAUCAUUGACCAUUACCGAUGCAGAACUCCCAUCUUGGCUCCAGGAGGUUUUCCUGGGAUAUGGAGAUCCAACUGGGGCGAGAUAUACGGAGCUUGAAAAUCGUGUGAAGUCGGUUGACUAUCGGGACACCUUUCUUGACUGGCAUCACCUUGUGGAGAGUUUCCCGGGGCAGAAAAUCGAACCCCCUGAGGGAUCUACAACCAUCUUCGGACCUCCAUAUGUCCUUGAAAUGGUUGACGAACCUCCAAAGGCUGAGACACUGAACCCUUCUAAGAAACGAAGAAGAGACCAGGCAGAGUCUGUACAGCCAAAUUCCAAUUCAAUCAGAGUAUCUACCUACAAACCUCCGAACCCUGGUCCUUAUCCGAUGGAUGCCCCAAAACUCAAUUACGUUCGAUUUACUCCUGCUCAGGUUGAAGCCAUCACCUCUGGGACUCAACCAGGGUUAACGGUGAUAGUUGGCCCUCCAGGAACUGGAAAAACGGAUGUGAUCACCCAGAUAAUCAAUAACAUCUACCAUAACUUCCCUCAGGAGCGUACUUUGCUUAUAGCCCACAGCAACCAGGCCCUUAACCAACUAUUCCAGAAGAUUGUUGCUUUGGAUAUCGACGAACGCCAUUUACUUCGUCUUGGCCAUGGCGAGGAGGAGCUAGAGACAGAGUCCAACUUUGGGAAGUUUGGCCGAGUUGAGUCUUUCCUUGAGAAUCGAGUAAAGUUCCUCGCGGAGGUUGACCGUCUCGCAGCUUCAAUUGGAGCUGAAGGAGCCCAUGGAAGUACCUGUGAAACUGCUGGGUAUUUUGAUACUGUCUAUAUACGACCAGCAUGGAUCAAAUUCUGGGAUAAGGCACGCUCCGAGGGUUCUAAAAACGAAGAUAUUAUUCAGUGCUUCCCUUUCCAUAACUUUUUCUCCAAUGCCCCUCAGCCGGUAUUCCCGACGGAUGCCUCGAAAGAUACGCUCAUUGACAUUGCUGAAGGUUGUGAGCGACAUAUAAGGAAACUCUUCUCUGAACUGGAAGAUAUACGGCCAUUUGAGAUUCUACGACAACAGCGAGAUAAGGCAAAUUACCUACUAAUCAAAGAGGCCAGGAUUAUUGCCAUGACCUCCACCCACGCCGCUAUGAGACGACAGGAGAUUUCUGACCUGGGCUUCCACUAUGACAGCGUAGUCAUGGAGGAAGCGGCACAAAUCACAGAAAUUGAAAGCGUAAUCCCGUGCAUGAUGCAGAAGACAAGAAACGGAGAAUUCCCCCUGAAGAGGAUUGUGCUGUGUGGCGACCACUUGCAGAAUUCGCCAAUUGUCCAGAACAUUGCAUUCCGUCAGUACGCCAAUUUCGAACAAACGCUAUUCCUACGGUUGGUGAGGCUAGGUGUGCCUACGAUUAGCCUCGAUCAGCAGGGUCGAGCCCGCGCCUCCAUUGCAGAACUGUUCAAAUGGCGGUAUGAGAAACUGGGCAAUCUCCCCAUCAUCGAGAGCCAGGAGGAGUUCAAACUUGCCAACGCCGGUUUCCGCUAUGACUACCAGCUCAUCAAUGUGCCAGACUACCAGGGCCAAGGUGAAAGAGAGCCAACUCCUCACUUCAUCCAGAAUCUCGGCGAGGCUGAAUAUGCAGUUGGAAUAUACCAGUAUAUGCGAUUGCUGGGGUAUCCUGCAUCGAAGAUCUCUAUUCUAGCGACAUAUGCAGGGCAGAGGGCAUUGAUCAGGGAUGUCCUUAGCCAUAGGUGUGCAAAGAACUCGCUUUUCGGUAUGCCCAAAAUAGUCACAACGGUAGACAAAUACCAAGGCGAGCAGAAUGACUACAUCAUUCUCUCUCUGACCCGCACUAAGUCUGUGGGCUACCUGCGAGACGUACGACGGUUGACUGUAGCACUAUCACGAGCACGUCUAGGCCUUUACAUUCUCGGCCGUCGAGAGGUGUUUGAAUCCUGCUUUGAACUCAAGCCUGCGUUUGAUAUCUUGGCUCAACGUCCGGAUAAGCUGAUGCUUAUGCCGAACGAGACGUUCCCAGCAACAAGGGCUGUCGAUGCCGCAGACAACGAGGGCACUCCUAUGGAGAACCUCGAGCACCUGGGCCAGUAUGUAUUCGAGAUGACUCAGGCCAAAGUGAAGGCCCUUGGGGUCGAGACGACUGUUACUGAGGCUGGCGAUGGAAACGACGUGCCAGCAGGAGAGUCCGAUGAUGAAGACGAUACUGCACGUGAAGGCGCAAUUGAGUAG